AUGGAAGGGGUAUUCGAAAGAACCCAUUGUGAUGAGACUGAUUUCGUGGCAUACGAAACCGGUCAGUUAAGAGGCCAAGCCAAGGAUUGGUGGGAUAAUCUGAAGAAGGAACAGGGGAUUGAGGCCAUGAAACUACGACGUGGGAAUAUUAAAGAAGAGUUUAUUCAGCUAAGGCAUAGUGGUGAGUUGAUAGAGAAGAUCACGGGAGUGUUCCUUGACAAGCUCGGGUUUUGUGACGAGCUGGUUCAAUAUAAAGAACAAAAGAUAUACUAUUACCACAACAUGCUAAGUGCGGAGAACCGGGAGUUUAUGACUCUUUCGAAAUACGGACAUCUUACAGAAAUAGUAAAUGCCACACGUGAAAAAGAGAUCGAGCUGAAGAAACAGAUAGAAAGGGGUCAAAGGAGGAUGUUUGAUGUAAACCCAAGCCCUGCAAAGAAACCAAAGCCGAAUGAAGCUCCUAAGAAAGGAGUUGCAAAAGGGGGGAUAUCUCAAUUGGGACAUGUGGUUGCUAAUUGCCCGGGAAAGGUGACGGUGUGUUAUAAAUUUUAUAAACCGGGAUAUAAGAAGUCUGAAUGUCCGGAGCUGGUUGGAACCAAAGACACAGCUGACACAAAGUCUGAGGCCCAGAAAGCGAGGGUAAGCAAAUUGAGUAUUGACGAUGAAGAUUACUUCGUCGAUCUAAUUCCCAUGUCAAUGGGAGAGUUUCAAGUGGUAGUCGGGAUGGAUUGGUUAGCUCGAUAUCACGUGAAAGUAAUAUACAACCGUAAGGAGAUACAACUAAUGUCUCCAAGCGGAAAACGUGUUACUAUCUAUGGGGAGAAAAGUUGCAGCCCCAUAAUCUGCUCGUUCAUUGAAGCUUAUAAGCUUGUCCAACAUGGAUGUAAGGCAUAUCUGGCUUACAUACAUGAUUCGACUGAAGAGUCUCCAGAAAUUAAAGACGUACCAAUUGUACGGGAUUUUGAAGAUGUUUUCCCGGAACACCUACCGGGGAUACCACCUGAAUGCGAGGUGGAGUUUGGCAUCGAAUUAGUUCCGGGCGCGAAAACGGUAGCCAAGGCUCCUUAUCGAUUAGCUCUAUUAGAAUUACAAGAAUUAUUGUCGCAGUUGCAAGAUCUUCACGACAAGGGAUUUAUUCGGUCGAGCCUUUCUCCGUGGGGAGCGUCGAGUGAAACGGAUCACGAGUGUCAUUUGUGUGAAGUACUUGAAACGCUUAAGCGUGUAAGACUUUACGCGAAGUUUUCGAAAUAUGCCAUUUGGCUACGUGAGGUACAGUUUCUGGGUCAUGUUAUUAGUGCUGAUGGAGUGUCGGUAGACCUGUCCAAAAUAUACGUUGUGUCUAACUGGAAACCUCCGAAGAAUCCAUCAGGGACUAGGGGUUUCCUAGGUCUUGCGGAUGGGACUGAAGACAUGGUCAUUUAUUUUGACGCAUCCCAGCUUGGUCUCGAGUGUGUACUUAUGCAACCAGGAAAAGUGAUUGCGUAUGCCUCAAGAGAAUUAAAGAUUCAUGAAAAGAUGUAUCUGACACAUGAUCUUGAAUUGGCGGCAGUGGUCUUUGCCUUAAAGAUUUUGAGGCAUUACCUAUAUGGUGUGAAAUUUACUAUUUUCAAUGACCAUAAAAGUCUCAAGUACUUCUUUGUUAAAAAAAAAGUUGAAUAUGAGACAAAGACGUUGGUUAGAGACGGUGAAAGAUUAUGA